AUGGCCUUCCUUGUCAACGCGUACAACUGGUGGCAAGGCGUGAACCAAGUCAAAGCGGAGCUAAAGAAAGAUGAAAAGACCUUCCGCUUCGGCAUCUUAGGCGCAGCCCGAAUCAACUACAUGGCCUUUAUCGACCCCGUUCAAACACAUCCCGGUGCAACCAUCGUCGCUAUAGCAGCCCGCGAAAAGAAACGAGCGCAGGGCCAAAUCGAUUCGUACAGCCUGGGGACAGAGUGUAAAGCCUACGGCUCGUAUGCAGAACUCCUCGCCAAUCCGGAUGUCGACGCCGUGUACAUCCCGCUGCCCAACGGCCUGCAUUGCGAAUGGACCGUGAAAGCACUGGAAGCUGGGAAGCAUGUUUUGUUGGAGAAGCCGUUUACUUCUAACGCAGAGCAAGCGCGGCAAGUUCGCGAUGCGGCUGAGCGGACGGGGAAAGUGGCGCUGGAGGCUUAUCAUUGGCGAUUCCAUCCCGCUACACAUACAGUCAAGUCGAUCAUCGAGAGUGGCAAGUACGGGUAUCCCACCGCUGUCUCCGUCAGUAUGAUCCUGCCCGCCGGCAUCGUGGGGAAAGGCGAUAUCCGCCUGAAAUACGACGUUGGCGGCGGCUCGGCCAUGGAUCUCUCAUACCAGUUCUCAGCCUGCACGCACUUGGGCUGUCGACCAUCAGACUUGCCCAAAAGCACGAUUCGAGUCCUCGAAGCCGUGCCGAGGAUCAAUGCGCAAGACAGCAAAAUCGACGAAGCAUUGACCACCAACUUCGUCAUCGAGCAGGAGGGCAAACCAGCCGUGAAAUGCCGCACACAAGGCAGCCUAGUCCCGCUUCCAUUCCUCGGCUUCAUCCCUCGUUUUUGGAAUUUCCAAACGAGCGUCGAGGUUGAGUUGGAGAAGGCCAAGGUUGAAUAUCAAGGGUUCGUAUUGCCUACUUUUGGCCAUAAGAUCAUUGUGACGGAAAAGGAGAGUGGGAAGAAGACGACGGAAAAGGUGUACGUUGAUGGACCUGUGUGGGGGAAAAGGGGCCAGCCUUGGUGGACGACGUAUCGGUAUCAGCUUGAGGCUUUUGUCGAGGCGGUCAGGGCGAAGGAGAGUGGGGAGAAGUAUAAGGGCCCUUGGGUAGGACUGGACGAGUCGGAGAAGGUGAUGAGUACGAUUGAUUUGGUUUAUGAGAAGGCUGGACUGCCGAGAAGAGGUCUUUGA